GCCUUGCAGGGGUUAACCCUGUGGAAUGUUGCACUGAGGAAUGUGCAUGCAAAUAGAUUUAUGCUAAUGGAAUGCUAAUGAGAUGCUGGCUGGGAACAGUCAGGUCUAUCCAGGCUGCUGCUAAGAGCUAAGAUGGAGGACUGGAGUGAGCGAAGAAUGGACAUGUAUUGAAGAUUGUAGAUAGAGGUUUUUGUGUGUGUUUUCUGUACAUAUGGAGGAGUUUUUAGAAACUGAUCAUGCCUAGAAAGGGGAAUGGACAACUGCCGUUACCGGAUGGCUGGGAAGAAGCGAGGGAUUAUGAUGGUAAAGUGUUUUAUAUCGACCACAACACCAAGCAAACCAGCUGGAUCGAUCCUAGAGACAGGUUAACAAAACCCUUGUCGUUUGCGGACUGUGUGGGAGAUGAACUCCCGUGGGGAUGGGAGGCUGCUUACGAUCCUCAAAUUGGCAUCUACUAUAUUGACCACACUAACAGGACGACCCAGCUGGAGGAUCCCCGGAAGCAGUGGCGGAAGGAGCAGGAGCGGAUGUUGAAGGAAUACUUGACUGUGGCGCAGGAUGCCCUCAGCACUCAGAAGGAGCUCUACCAAGUGAAGGAGCAGAGGCUGGUGCUGGCCCUAGACGAGUAUGUGCGUUUGAACGAUGUCUUCAAAGAAAAAUCCAGCUCCCGGACAAGUUUAUUCUCAGGAUCUUCUUCAAGUACAAAAUAUGACCCUGACAUCCUAAAAGCAGAAAUAUCAACUACAAAAGUCAGAGUAAGUAAGCUGAAGAGAGAACUUUCACAAAUGAAGCAAGAACUUCUGUACAAAGAACAAGGCUGUGAAACCUUACAACAAAUUGACCAAAAAAUGUGUGGAGGCCAGAGCGGGUACGAGCUGAAGGAAGCAAAAGCCAUUCUGAGUGAGCUUAAAUCCAUUCGGAAAGCUAUCAGCUCUGGAGAGAGAGAGAAGCAGGAUCUGAUGCAGAGCCUGGUGAAGUUAAAGGAGCGAUUCCAUUCAGACCAGUUCAUAGGAAGGUCCGAACCUGAUCUGCGCUCCACCUCAGCAGGGUCUCGCCUCUCACUGUCCAGACAAAGGCUUGAUGCUGGCUCUCAGACUGACAUCUCCGGAGAGCUUGGCUUGAGAAGCAGGUGGAACCUCGCUGAAAAGGUCCGGCUAAGUCUGCAGUAUGAAGAAGCCAAGCGAAGCAUGGCUAAUCUGAAGAUUGAGCUGGCGAAGAUGGAGAGCGAGGCAUGGCCGGGCGCCCUAGACGUGGAGAAGGAGAAACUGAUGCUGAUCAAUGAGAAGGAGGAGCUCCUGAAGGAGCUGCAGUUUGUGACGCCCCGUCGACGCACGCAGGACGAGCUCGAACACCUGGAGACUGAGCGUCGAAAACUAGAAGAGGACUUGCUCUCUGUCAAGAGCACUCCCAGCCAGGCACUAGCUGAGAAAUUGAAAGUACAAGAAAAGAGAAGGGAGUUGGUGCAGAAGUUAGAAGAGUCCACAAGACUUGCAACACUCUUACAUUCACAGCUUAAAAGUCUAUCUGCCAGCACGUUGUCUGUGUCUUCAGGAAGCAGCCUGGGCUCACUGGCGUCCAGCCGAGGUUCCCUCAACACCUCCAGCAGGGGCUCUCUCAACUCCCUCAGUUCCACCGAUCUCUACUACAACCAGGCAGAUCAGACCACAGACCUGGACUACCAGUACAAACUGGACCUAAUGCUGCAGGAAAAGACUGGUUACAGUCCCUCGGGACCCAUCACCACCAUUCAUGAGAACGAGGUGGUCAAGUCUCAUGGCAACUUGCACUUCACAGACUCUUCUGAUUCCCCUGCUCCGUGCCACACGGUAAAGUCCACAGAGCCUUCUAAAUCGAUGACGUCGCUUUCCUCCAGGUCCUCGCUGUCCUCCCUUUCCCCUCCAGGGUCACCCCUUGUCCUGGAGGGAGCCUUUUUACUUUUGACACAAGACUCCGUAACCACAGACUUUGAGAACUGUGAAAUUGCAGGAGACUUCGCAGGCCUAAACUUUUAUGAGAACCACAUUUUUUUAGACUCCGGAACAGGAGCCGGACAGUUUCUUCCUGGAGACAAGGAGCACAGUGAAGGGCUGGUGCAGCCCCUCUCCACAUUACAGGAAGAUGUUGAUUUGCAAAGAAGAGCAGCAGGUCAUUUGCUUGAAGGGAAGACGGCGUGCGUGUCUGCAGCUGUAUCUGACGAGUCGGUUGCUGGAGACAGCGGUGUUUAUGAAGCAUCUGUCAAACAGUCAGUUGAAGUGGAAGACACGGUUUAUACUCAAGAUGAUCUCACAGCUUUAGAGGCAGCACAAGUUCAGAUUGGACUCAAAUAUGAUGCUAUUAAUUCCAGUUUUGUAAUAAUCGUAAUGCAGAUGAGAAAUCAGAAGACUCUUCUGGUGCCACACGGUACAAAAAUGUACUUUAGAGUUGCCUUACUUCCCUCUUCAAAUGAUACCAGCUGCUUGUUCCGCACUAAAGUCCACACUGUGGCAGACACCAUUGUCUUCAAUGAAAUCUUCAGGGCCGCAGUAUCCCAGAUCAUUCUGCGAGAGAAGACCCUGAGACUAGAUGUCUGCACUGUGGGCAACACCUGCCAGGAGGAACGUCUGGCUGGAACCGAGAUAAGCUUAGCAGACCUUUUGUUGUCUGGUGAAAUCUCAAGCCACUGGUACAACUUGUGGCCUUGUAAGAAAAUCUCAAGCCAAAAGAACAAAGAACAAAAUGAAGAAAUGGCUUUGGCUGUCCCUGAUCAACACAUGGGCAUUGUGGAUUUGGAUGCUGUAUCUGCAUUGCUGCAAAGGACCUCUGCUGAGCUAGAGGCAGUGGAGCAGGAGCUUGCACAAGAAGAGAAAGACGGGCAGAUGGAGGAAUGGAUGGAGAUGCUUAUAGAGGACACAGGUGAGUUGGCCCUGGAAGAGGAGGUGGUGGAGGAGGAGGAGGAAGCUGAAGCUAAGCUGAUGGCAGAAGAUGACGAUUUUUCCGCCUGCGCCCAAUCAUACCUCGAUGGAAAUUGUAUUUUGACAGCUGAAGGACCAACAUUGGUGGACAAAGAGACCAACACGGAGGAGACAGUUCCUGAGAAUGUGCCAGUCAGGCCAAAGGACAGAAACAACCUCAACUCCAGGCAGAGGUCAUUUGUGAGGAACAGCAUGAUCGUACGCUCCCAAACCUUUUCCCCAGGAGAGCGGAACCAGUAUAUCUGCAGGUUGAACAGAAGUGACAGCGACAGUUCAACGCUAGCCAAAAAGUCUCCCUUUGUACGAAACGCUUCCGAAAGAUGCAGUCUGAGAGUGAAACGGACUAUUUGCCAGCCAGUGAUGAGGCGGGUGGCUCAGGAGCACCCUGUCCGAACGUCUCUGGACCUAGAGUUGGAUCUCCAGGCAUCGCGGACCCGGCAGAGUCGCCUGGACGAUGAGCUGCAGGCUCUGCGGGACCUGAGGAAGAGGCUGGAUGAAAUGAAGGCCCGGGGAGAGACAGAGCUCCCUCGCUGCAUCCUGGAGGACGAGCGCUUCCAGAAACUCCUCAAAAAGGCAGAAAAACAGGCUGAGCAGUCAAAAGAAGAACAAAAGCAGGGGUUGAAAGCUGAAAAGCUGAUGAGGAAGGCGUCCAAGGAUGUGUACAGGUUACGGGAGCAGAGUCAGAAAGUUCCCCUACAGGUUCAGUCAUUCAGGGAGAAGAUGGCCUAUUUCACCAGAGCAAAGAUCAAUAUACCUUCUUUGCCAGCAGAUGAUGUAUAAUUAUGUUUUAUAGUAACGAUGAAGUAUUUUUAUCCAGUUCAACUUUUUAGCAGAAUAUUUUGAUAGUACAGCUACUUAGAUUAAAAAAAAAAUCUUAUUUUACAACUGCAGUUUGACAGCAUAGAAAUAAUGUAUUUAUAUAAUAAAUUGUAAUUGAAUACAUUUUAUGUAAAGGUUUCUUUCUUCAGAGAAAACCCAAGUAGACUAAUCCUGGUACAUUUUAAGGCUAAUAUGUGUGUACAGUUUGUAUGUAUUCUUGGUAUGGUUUUAUUUUGUACAGGUGGGCCACAGGAACAAUGGCAGUAUGUCUUUUGUUGAAUAGCACUGCUUUGAGAAGUAAUAUUUCAUUUGACAGAAUAUGUUCUGUGAUUAUCACUGUUUUUGUGCGAGUUGACUGUGACGACUGGCGCUGGCCAUGCUGUGUUUGUGUACGAUGGUGAAAGCUUCAGUGUGCAGUAGUGUGAGUGUGCGCUUCCUGUUCUGAACUUGCGAGACUGCCUGCAAAACUGGUGCUGUGUAGUUCAUCUUAAUCCCAGUUCCCCUGUUUGGAGCAAAAAGAAAGGCUUCUUGUGAAUGUACAGUAUUUUAUUUUUCAUAUUUGGUUUUAUUACGGCAAUUAUAGCAUUUUCUUUUUCUUUUGCACCUUAACUACAACCACCAAAAUAAGAUGUAGUUUUCUAUGCCUGUUUCCUUGUUAUACACACUUGCACAAACCCCUGCAUUUUUCUUCAAAUGUAUACCAAAUUUAGGUAUUUAAUCUAAUAUAUAUCUCCUGGUGGUUUAGUUUGAAUGUGUAAUGGGGAAGUUAGAAUAUUCAUUUGUUUGCUUCUGUUUCAUUCCCUUUUCUUACGUGCUAGUGUCUCCCUUGUAGUGCAUGAGCACAUAUCUGCUUCCCCAAUUCUGGCAUCACAAACCGAAUGGGGCACUCAAACCACUUCAGCUGUCCAUUCUCAGAAUCUGUUGUGUUGGGAUGACACCUGUCAUACAGCAUGCCAGCUGAAGCCCUGAGUUUCAUUACAGUUCUUUUUAACUUCACAAACAACAGUUUGUUGAAAGCAGUGCAUCGCAAGGUAUAUCAAACAACUUGCCAUGCAAUGUAAUAUUCUUUCUCGUACAUAUUUUUUGCAAAAGAAAAGAAAAAAUGUGUAACUGUUUUGGACUCGAAGUUCAAUAAACAAGCUUUCAUCUCAAGAGCGUUCACUUUGCUUAUCAACAAGAAAAAAACUGCCUUACACAAAUGUUUAAUGAAGGUUGCUGUUUCAGAUUACCAGUUUGUUUGAUUUGUAAAAUGUUUGUAGAGAGAUGUCAGUAGAAUUGUACUUUUGAUUUACAUGUAUUUAUUUACUGUCUUAUUUAUGUUCUGUUCCAUGUAGUUCAGUUCUGGCCAUUUACAAGAUAAGGGUACAGCAAGUUGAUUCUUAUUAUACAUAAAUAAUAGGAAUUAUGUGGAAAGCGUUUAUUUUAGAAGGAAAUUAUACAGUAUGUACCAUGAUAGUAUUGAAAUGGCACACGCCUGGGUUUUACUGGGGAGCUCUACAGUUCUUAAUAGACAAAGUUAUAUUGUCUACUGUCUACAACAAAAUUAUAUUUCUGUUAACUAAGGUCUAGACUCGCCAACAUUUUCAUAAGGCAGCUUUCAACAACAUAUACAUAAUGUUAUACAGUCACCUACUUGCAAAUGAGUUUAUUCCUAAAUGAAACAUAAUAAAUAGCAAUAUAUGGAGUUAUUUGCAACAAUGGUCAUUUGUAAUUUUUAAAAAGAUUCCUAUCUAGCCACAGAAUCAUACACUGAUAUGCUAUUUUGUAUUAAUGUUAGUUACAUUUUAAUAUUGCGGUUAAUCAGAUAUUAGAAAAAAUCUUAGCCAAAAGGAACAAAGUUUAGCCUUUUUUUUUUAAAAUCAAACAUUAUUUAUAUUUCUCAAUAUAUUUACAAAUAACUAUAUGAAUAUCAAAUGCUCAGAACUGAACUUGGUAUUGAAUCGUUAUAUUAGCAUAUGUGUCUUAUGUUCUAAUUUUGUUGUAGAAACAAUGUGUACUCUUGCCUCUGCACUUUCCAUGUGUUUCAGUGAUUUUGGUAAAAAUAAAAUUUUUAAAUGAA